AUGAAUGGACAUUUUGCACCGCCGGGGGCGCCCGCAGUUUGGACAGAACACAAGACUCCCGAUGGCCGUACAUACUAUUACAAUACCUUGACCAAGGUUACGCAAUGGACCAAGCCGGAGGAAAUGAUGACACCCGCCGAGCGCGCGCUGGCAAACCAACCAUGGAAGGAGUACACGGCAGAGGGAGGCCGGAAGUAUUGGUAUAACACUGAAACAAAGCAGAGCUCCUGGGAGAUGCCCGAUGUCUACAAACGAGCCUUGGGAGCUGGUGAUUCUGCUGCCACCACACCUACAGGCCCAUCAGCUUCAUUUGGUGCGGCUGGAGGAGGUAGUGGUCAUCAUGGCGGUUCGUAUGACCACCACCACCAGCAACGCGAUCAUCGGGAUUAUCGCGACCAUAGGGAGCCCAUGGGAGAGUCCAGACAACUCACCUAUGGCAGCAACAUUCAGGCGCAAGCCUUCGUCUCCGCCAGCAACGAUCCUGAGUAUGCCACCGCCGAAGAGGCAGAGGCGGCGUUCGUGAAGCUCCUUCGCAGUAGUAAAGUCCAGCCUGAUUGGACCUGGGAGCAGGCUAUCCGCGCCAUUGUCAAAGAUCCCCAGUUCCGCGCCAUCAAAGAUCCGAGGGAUCGCAAAGCUGCCUUUGAGAAGUAUUGCCACGAUGUCGUUGUGCAAGACAAGGAACGUGCCAAGGAAAGACUGACUAAACUUCGCGCUGACUUCGCCACCAUGCUCCGGAGCCACCCAGAGAUUAAGCACUACACCCGGUGGAAGACAGCCCGGCCCAUGAUCGAGGGCGAGACCAUCUUCCGCUCGACUAACGACGAGAACGAGCGCCGUCAGUUGUUCGAGGACUACGUUAGUGACCUCAAACGGGCUCACAAGGAGCAGCAGGUCACAAUGCGCAAGAGCGCUAUGGAUGGUCUGAUCGAACUGCUUCCCACUCUCAGUUUGGAGCCCUACACUCGCUGGGCUGAAGCACAAGGUACCAUCCAGAACACCCCCUUGUUUCAAAGUGAUGAGAAGUACAAGACACUCAGCAAGUUUGACGUGUUGACCGUCUUCCAAAAUCAUGUCAAGUCCUUGGAACGUAACUUCAACGACUCAAAGCAGGAAGAGAAGAACAAGAAAUUCCGCCAGGAGCGGAAAGCUCGUGAUAACUUCAAAGUCCUCCUCACAGAGCUGAAGAGGGAUGGCAAAAUCACUGCCGGCACCACCUGGACCCAGAUACACCCCCUGAUCGCAGACGAUGCUCGCUACAGAGCUGUCGCCGGUAAUCCCGGGUCUACUGCCAUGGAGCUGUUUUGGGAUGUUGUUGAGGAGGAAGAGCGCGCUCUCAGGGGCACUCGCAAUGAUGUGCUUGACGUUAUUGGUGUAAGUGCUCCCGAUAUGGAUUCCAACAAAAUGCAAGCUGACAAGUCGAUUCAGGACAAACGGUUCGAAGUCACCCCGAAGACCACUUUUGAAGAGUUUGAGGCAGUCGUCAGGGGUGAUGCUCGUACGGCUAACAUUGAACGGAAAAUUCUUGAGCUUAUUUUUGAACGGAAGCGCACAAAGCGCACAGACGAAGACAAGGUGCAGCGCCGCGCUCUCGAUGACCUUCGUGCAGCCAUGAAACGGUUGGAGCCUCCCAUCACCGUCACUGAUACUUACGAACAGGUGAAGGCCAGGCUUGCCCAGUCUGAGGCAUUCCGGACUGUGAACUCUGAGGAAGCUCGUCGGGGCGCCUUUGACAAGUAUAUUCGUCGCCUUAAGGAGAAGGAUGAGGAAAAUGAAAACGAGCGCCAACGCCGUCGGGAACGCCCAGAUGGGCAUCGUGAUAGAGGUGAGCGAUCCUACCGAAGUGGACGUUCUGCUAGGAGCCGCAGCCGCAGCCCCGAACACAACACCUACGAGGCCGAUCGUCGCCACGCCAUGGCCGACCGCGAGCGUAACUACAGAAAAACCAGUGCGGCCGAGGUUCUACUUUCAGAUCGUCGUUCUGCCGAUGGCCACCACGAUUCAGUGCGUGAUCGGGAACGUGACAGGGACCGUGAUCGGGAUCGCAUCUCUGAGCGUGAUCGUGAACGUGACCGCGACCGCGACCGCGACCGUGAGAGGGAUCGUGAUCGGGCCCGCGAUUAUCGGGAUCGUGAUCGUGACCGGGACCGUGAGCGAGAUCGCGACCGGGAUCACGGCCGUGACCGCGAUAGAGACCGUGACAGAGACCACCGCGACCAUCGCGACUAUGACCGGCGCUCUCGCCCCGCCGACGACUUCAACCACUACGAUCGUGAGCGCCGCACACGUGAGGAGGAUCGGGAACGUAUUUAUCGCAGGCGAGUACUUGAGCGCGACGUUGAUGAGCUGCCAUACGGUGACGAGCGGCCCAGUUCCUCAUCUAGACGCCCGCGCCCCGAAGAAGACGACCACGACCGAAGGUCUCCCCGGCAGGCGAAGCGCAUCAAGGUUGAGGGUGACCGUGCCGCUACCCCCUCGGCCGCCACCGCCACCGCCCAGCCUAAGUCUGCCGCUGCAGCUCCGGCAGCUAUCAAGGAAGAGAAGCCCUCCCCCAGUGUCCGCGCUGGUAGUGAAGAGGGCGAGAUAGAGGAGGAUUAA